UCCAAGCCAAACUCGACUACAAAUGGACAAAAAAGUAAGACUAAAAAGAAACCGCAGAAGCGGGACAUUGAGAGUCUCAAGUCGGAACUGGAAAUGGACGAGCAUCGCAUCUCAUUAUCCGAACUGUGCAAUAGGUUACAAACUAAUCUUGAAAAUGGUCUCAAUCCAACAUUGGCCAAGCAGAUCCUCCUUCGAGACGGGCCGAAUGCAAUCACGCCUCCUAAAACGACGCCUGAGUGGGUCCGCUUUCUACAGAACUUGUUCGGUUGGUUCAAUAUGCUACUGUGGAUUGGUGCCGUUCUAUGCUACGGCUGUUACAUCGUCGAGUACCUCACUCUAGAAUAUGUCAAGCCUGAUAAUCUCUACCUUGGCACUGCCCUAGCUCUAGUCGUAUCCAUAUCGGGAAUAUUUUCCUACUACCAGGAAUCAAAGAGUGAAAACAUUAUGAACUCGUUCAAGAAUCUAAUUCCCAAAACUUGUACCGUCGUCCGAGCAGGACAAAAACUUACCAGUCCAGUUGAAGAGCUUGUUGUCGGUGAUCUGGUAGAGAUCAAGGGAGGUGAUCAAGUGCCAGCUGAUAUACGAAUCAUUAGUUCUCAUGGGCUCAAGGUGGACAACUCUUCGCUGACAGGCGAAUCGGAGCCGCAAAGUCGUAUUCCGGCUUGCACUAAUCCAAACCCACUUGAAACAAAGAACUUGGCCUUCUUUUCAACAAACUGCGUUGAAGGUGCAGGCAAAGGCAUUGUGAUUCGAGUAGGCGACAAUACUUCGAUGGGCCGAAUCGCCAUUCUAGCUUCUGGUCUUGAAUCAAAUCCGACACCACUUUCACAGGACAUUCAUCACUUUAUCAGCAUCAUCACAUAUGUUUCGGUGUUCUUCGGCGUUGCUUUCGGAGUGAGCGCGUAUUUUCUGGUCGGUUUUGGCUUUCUCAACUCCUGCAUUCUGGUCAUCAGUCUAAUUGUUGCCCAAGUUCCGGAAGGCCUUCUGCCCACUAUGACUGUUGUUCUGACACUAACAGCCAAGCGUAUGGCCAACAAAAACUGCUUAGUGAAGAACCUUGAAGCAGUAGAAACAUUGGGAUCGACUUCAACUAUCUGCACAGACAAAACGGGCACGUUGACGCAGAACAAAAUGACCGUUUCGCAUUUGUGGUACAAUCAAAACAUUGUGGAUGCGGAUAACCUGAUUUCUCGCAGCGACAAUCAAAAAGUGGAUACGGACUCUGUUUCAUUCAAGUCCCUGAUACGAGUUUGCGCUGUCUGCAGUAAAGCUGAGUUCACACAAGGCCAGGAAAACAUUCCCACACUGAAAAAGGAAGCCAUUGGUGAUGCUUCGGAGAUUGCCAUUCUCAGGUUCACAGAAAUCAUGAUUGGUUCAGUUGCUGCCUACCGCCAACGAAUGCCCAAAGUGUUCGAGGUUCCUUUUAAUUCAGUGAACAAAUACAGCCUGACCAUAAACGAGUCAAAGCCUGACUCUGGUCAUUGGCUGUGCAUGAAAGGCGCACCUGAGAGAAUCCUCGAACGCUGCUCAACAACACUUGUCAAUGGCAAAGAGAUGCCUCUUGAUGACAAGCUUAAAGCACAGUUCCAGGAGGCGUACGAAGAACUUGGAGGAAUGGGUGAACGCGUCAUUGGCUUGUGUGACAAGUUUUUAAAGAAGGACCAAUUUCCAUUUGACUACCCCUUCAAUGCUGACGAGGAGAACUUUCCGACUAAAGAUCUUCGAUUUUUGGGCAUCAUUUCGAUGAUUGACCCUCCUCGCCCGAGUGUACCUGAUGCAGUGGCCAAGUGUCGCUCGGCAGGCAUCAAGGUCAUCAUGGUCACCGGUGAUCACCCAAUCACUGCGUCAGCAAUUGCUCGAGCUGUUGGAAUCAUCUCAGAGCAGAAUGAGACACCACAAGAAGUCGCAAAAAGACUGAACAUUUCCAUUUCUGACGUUGAUCACAGCAUGUCUAAAGCGAUUGUGAUAAAUGGAAACGAGCUAAAGGAGUACACCGAUGAAGAUUUAGAUUCAGUGCUAAAAAAUUUCGACGAGAUUGUAUUUGCACGCACUUCCCCACAGCAGAAGCUUAUCAUUGUUACUGGCUGCCAACGUGCUGGUGCAAUUGUGGCUGUGACAGGAGAUGGUGUAAACGACUCGCCAGCGCUGAAGAAGGCUGAUAUUGGCAUUGCAAUGGGCAUCACAGGCUCGGACGUGAGCAAACAAGCGGCAGAUAUGAUUCUCCUUGAUGACAACUUUGCCUCUAUUGAAACGGGCGUCGAGGAAGGUCGUGUCAUCUUUGAUAAUCUCAAAAAGUCAAUUUGCUAUACACUGUCGUCAAAAGUUCCUGAAAUGAGCCCUUACGUAUUGUACUUUUUCCUGGACAUUCCACUUGCUCUUGGUCCAAUUUACAUUCUUUGCAUUGACUUUGGAACUGACUUGAUUCCUGCCAUUAGUUUGGCAUACGAGCACGCCGAAUCAGAUAUUAUGAAGCGAAAACCGAGAAAUCCCAAAGUUGAUCGCCUAGUGACAGACAAACUAAUAUCACUAUCUUACGGACAGCUGGGCAUGAUUGAAGCAUUUGCUGCCUUCUUCACCUAUCUCGUAAUCAUGAGUGAAAAUGGCUUUUUCCCUAUGCGAUUGCUUUGGAUAAGACGCGAGUGGGACUCUAAAGCAGUGCCUGACGUGGAGGACUCAUUCGGACAAGAAUGGACGUAUGCCCAGCGAAAGAAGCUGGAGUAUACCACCAACACUGCUUUUUUUGCCUCUGUAGUUCUCACUAAAUUUGCAGCUCUGUUGGUGUGCAAAACGAGAAAGCUGUCACUCUUCCAGCAGGGCAUGAAAAACAAUGUGCUCACCUUUUCAAUGGUUUUCGAGCUUGGUUUGGUUCUCUUUCUCUCGUACACGCCUGGAUUGGACAAAGGACUCAAUAUGCAGCCACUCAAAGUUUUUUGGUGGUUCACUUCGAUUCCUUUCAUGCUCUGGAUGCUCAUUCACUGCGAAAUACAAAAGUUCGCCAUUCGCCGAAACAAAGGAGGCUGGGCGGAGAAGGAGUUUUACUACUAA